AUGCUGUUUGAGGAUUUUGUUGUUAAGGAAGAAGAUAUCGUUGCUUAUAUUUUGGGAGAAGAUUAUGAAGAAUAUGAAAAGAAAUGCAAAUCAAAGCUUGAGGAAUAUUGUAAUGAAUUGAAAGUUAUAGAUCCAGAAUUAAAUAAAGUUCAUACUAAAGUUAAAGAAAUUUGUGAUAAUAUAGAACAAAAAUGCGCAGGCCUGAAUGAUAAAAUUGAAGUAGAAUUCUCAAAUUUUAAUAGGAAACUUUAUGAUGCAUUGGGAAAUCUAAAAGAUCAAGAUUGUAAAAAUAAUGAGGAAAAAUGUAUAUUUUUAGAAGAAGCAUUUCGUCAUGAUGAUCCUAAGGAGAAUUGUGUCAAGUUAAGGGAAAGAUGUUACAAAUUGAAGCGCCAAAAGGUGGCAGAUGAGCUUCUUUUCAGGGCGCUUGGAAAGAAUGUUAAAGAAAAUGAUAAAUGUAAAGAAAAGAUGGAAACUAUUUGCCCAGUGUUAAGUCGAGAAAGCGACGAGUUCAUGUUUUCUUGCCUUAAUCUAACUAAAACGUGUGAUGAUCUAAAAAGCAAAUUGGGUAGUGUUUGCCUUCCUUUAAAAGAAGAGCUUAAAGAUGACAAAUUAGAGGAAAAGUGCUAUGAAAGACUUGAGAAAUGUCAUUUUUACGGAGAAGCGUGUGAUGAUGCAAAAUGUCAGGUCUUUGAGGAGGAAUGCAAGAAAAAUAAUAUUACAUAUAAAGCGCCGGAAUCUGAUUUUAGUCCGGUGAAACCGAGGGCGUCGUUGUUGACAAUGAUUGGGUUGGAAGAUGUCUAUAAAAAUGCGGAAAAAGAUGGGAUUCUUAUUGGAAAAGCAGGAGUGGAUGUACCAAGGAAGUUGGGCAUAUAUUUUCUGCAAGAUAUCUUGCUACUGUUGAGCCAAGAUGUGAAUGAGAUGGAUACAGUAAAAAAAUGCAAUAUAAUGUUAGAAAGAUGCAAUGAUCUUAAGCACUUGGGUAACGAAAUGACAAAGUUAUGCGAAGAUGGUGGUAAAGAAAAUAAAUGCAAAAAAAUACUAGAUGUAAAUGUAAAAGAAAGAUGUACGAAAUUCAAAUCAGCACUUUUUCAGAAAGAUUUGUCUACACAAUAUAAUGAUGAUGAAAAAUCAGAGCUUUUACCGUGGGGACAUCUGCCUACAUUUUUUACAAAGGGAGAGUGUACGGAACUUGUCUCGGAAUGUUUCUAUUUAAAAAAUGCGUGUACGAAUAAGAUUGAUCAAGCAUGUCAAAAUGUACAUGCAGCGUGCUAUAAAAUAGGAAAAGAUAGGAUAUUGAAUAAGUUCUUUCAAAAGGAAUUGAGGGGGAAGCUUGGUGAUUUAAGAUUUAAUAGUGAAAGUCUUAAAAAAUGCCAAGAAUAUGUGGUAGAAAACUGUACAAAACUUGAUGAAAGAUACCUUCCAAAAUGUCUUUACCCUAAAAGACUAUGUUAUGUGCUUUCAGAUAAUAUUGUUGUUCAAUCAAGAGAGUUAGGUGUGCUUUUGGAUGGUCAGAGAGAUUCUCCAUUAGAAAAACAUUGUCUUGAGUUGGGGGAGAAGUGUGAUGAACUUGAUAGGGAUUCAAAUUCGAAUUCUAGAAAGUGUGCAACAUUGAAAAUACUCUGUGAAUAUUUUAGGGUUGCAGAGAAAUUUAGAAAAGUAUUUUUAAAAAGAGAAGAUGAUGCAUUAUACGAUGAGCAAAACUGCACGAAGGCGUUGCAUGAGAAAUGUGAUACUUUAUCUAGGGGGGAAAAUCCAUUUAGUAUUUCAUGUGCUUUGCCAAGAGAAACAUGUAAAUAUAUGGUACACCAUACAAGACAAGAUUGUAGAUAUUUAAAAGACAACAUGAAGAAUGAAGGAAUUCUAGAAAAAAUUGAGGACGCAAAAAAAGCAAAUGCAAAUGAAACCUUGGUUGAAGAACUCUGCACAACAUGGGGCCGACAUUGUCACCAACUUGUGAAGAAUUGUCCAGAUCAGUUGGGAAAAGAAAAGAAUGGCAAUGAUCAAAACUGUGAAAAACUCGAUGAAAAAUGCAGGGAUACUUUUAAAAAGUUGAAAUCGAAGGAUGAGCUGACACAUCUGUUGAAAGGCAGUCUAAGCAAUGAUAAAUGUAAAGAUGCAUUAAAAAAGCAUUGCCCUGAGUUGCAAAAGAAUGGAACAUUCAAAAUUCUGAUUGAUAAUUGUGAAGAUAAUACUGUCAAAGAACUUUGCGAAAAAUUAGUUGAAAAAGUACAAAAUAGAUGUCCUACUUUAAAAACCGAUUUGGAGAAAGCGAAAGAUGAGUUGACAGAGAAGAAAGAUGAAUACGAAAAGGCCAAACAGGCGGCAGAAAAAUCUACAGAGGCAGCUAAGUUAUUGCUAUCAAGGCAGAAUAGCAGUGAUUCUGAACAAGUAUCACCACCACUGUCAGCAGCAGAGUCAUCAUCAGGGUCAUCAUCAGAGCUACCACCACCACCACCACCACCACAAAAUGGAACGCCAGGCACACCAGAUGGAGCAUCAGGCACACCAGGUAGUGGAAUGCCAAACUAUGUAAAAUUUGGACUCGUUAAAAGAGAAUAUGUAGCUGAAGGAGUAUCAGAAGCAGAGGUAAAAGCAUUUGAUGCAACGACAAUAGCAUUGGAGCUGUAUUUGGAAUUGAAAGAGGAAUGUAAAGCUUUAGAACUAGAUUGCGGUUUUAGAGAGGAUUGUCCGAAUUCUAAAGAAGUUUGCGGAGAAAUAGACACGUUAUGCAAAGAAAUAGAACCAUUAAAAGAUAAGCCUUAUGAAAAAAUAACAGAACCGUGUACAUUAUUGCAGACGACGGAUAUAUGGGUGACGAGUACGUCGAUAGUGACGUCAACAGUCACGUCGACCUCGAUGCGCAGGUGCAAGCCUACCAAAUGUACUACUGAUUCAAGCAAAGAGACACAGAAAGGAGAAGAAGAAGAAGAAGUAAAGCCAAAUGAUGGGAUGAAAAUAAGAGUUCCUGAUAUGAUUAAAAUAAUGUUGUUGGGAGUGAUUGUUAUGGGGAUGAUGUAA